AUGAAAAGCCGAGAUUAUAAACAGAGUUAUGAGAAAUUAUCGCAAAACAUCACAUACUCUGGUCUCUCAAAAGUGCAGUUUACACGACAAGUACUCAGCAAUCAAUCGCUACCCAAAUAUCUGGUCAUCGAUUGCUCGAUGUUUUCAUUUAUUGAUUUCUCGGGCAUUUCUACCCUCAAGAAAAUAAUUCAAGCCUUUGAGGGGAUCGGCAUUCAGACGGCACUGUCCGGAGUUCACGUCCACUUGGAGUCCAUGUUGGCUAAGGAGGGCUUUUUCAAUGAUAUACCCACUGAUCAUAUGUACAAAACAAUACACGACGCCGUCGUCUCCUUACAGGAGUUGGACGGAGAGUACAGACCGGACGAUGUCUUCAACGCUGGAAAUAUACCCAUAGGUUAUACGGGAGACGACAGUCCCAUAACGAUGUCGAUGGCGGCUCAACACAGCAACCAUUCAUCAAACAUGCAUUCAUUCAAAACCGAGUCCUCACUAAACCAUAAAAUACAGGCCAGAAAUGGGCCCAAAAGGGACAGUCUUUUCCUAUCGCUGGGACCAAACACUUCGGGCAAACAAUACGGCUUUCCGGCCGACAAACGUCUGUCAACGCUAUCCUAUCUGUCGACACAAUCGCGGUCUACGCCAGAGAUCGCCGCCUUAUAUCCGCUCAAGAAGUCCGCCCGCGAGUCAUACGUCCGGAUGGAUGGCGUCGACUCACCGCCGAGUUCUCCGCACCGGUCGUCCGCCCCUAACAUCGACUUUCUCUUUGACUUUGACCUGCCGUCCACUCCAUCAGAGGGAUCUAGUAAUGGGUCUUUUGCUGAGCCCACACCCGCCCCAACCGCCACACCCUCUCCCUUGCGAACCGAUCCCUCGCCACUGCCGCAGAUGCCCAGCCAUUUAUACCCUCAAAAAGCAGCUGGGUCGCCCAAAACACACCGGGCACCUCCGCCUCCCGUACGCGUAUCAUCGGCUAUACCGGUGCCGCCACCUCUGCCACCAACGCAGACACAUAUACCACCGCCGCCUCCGCCACCCCCUUCAGACAUACCCGCACCGCCGCCACAGCCAACACUCGCUUCCCCUCCGCCACAGCCAACUCCCGAUUAUGCGAAGAAACCAAUACCACCGCCACAACCGCCGCAAGAUUAUACAGACGCACCCACUCCCGCUCCACCCCCUCCGCCGCCCCCACCUUCGGGCGCACCCGUGGCUCAGCAAACACCUAAAGCCAUACCAAAAAUACCAGUUCCGCCACCUCUACCGACAGUGGCUUACAGACAAAGUCCGAAAGUGGUUAAGAAAUCAGUUCAACCAAAACAAAGCGCAGCACCGGUCGGUGUGUCGGCUAUACCGGAGCCUAAAGAGGAUUAUAUGGAGGACGAGGGGUCCGAUGCGAAGAGGAAUCCGCCGCCAGUUGUCACCAAAUUUAAGGCCAAUAACAGAGUGAGCGCUCGACUACUGGCCCGACAGGAGAUGUUGGAGAAAGUGUACAAUCAGGACAAACGCAUAUCGGGCGCACCCCGAAUGUCCGACGCCUGA